CCCAGUAGCCUCGCAGGCACCUUGGUAACACGAUAAACAGCCGUCAGUACAGAAUAGUCGCAGGAUUGGAUUGAUUGGACUGGCAUGUUGUUAUCAUAACCAAAAAACAACCCCCUCCAGUUCAAGAGCGUUUAUCUUAAAGUUUCCUAGGCAAUUGUGGUUCACGAUUGCGAUUUGAGCGCGUUUUUUUCCAAGCUUAAUCCCCAAGGACCCACAGACGUGAUUGUGAAGAUUUCUAGUUACCUGACGAAUUAGACUGAUUUUGCUCUUGUCUUUGAACAUCAAGGGAUCUCCAGUGGAUUAAAGCGUCGAUAUUCAGUCAUCUUUGUAUCGAAGGGAUACAAUGCCUUGGCGUUUGUAGUCAGAAUCGCUCUUUAUCAAAUUUAAAGAAUAAUCUCUUCGACAGAUUGCAUUCGCAACGGUAGUUGCUCGAUUCGAGGGACUUGUGGGACUCUAGAUGGCAAUACUGGACAAUUUAUCCUACUAUUUUAUUACUAAGUCUACAAGAGGAAUAAACAAAAGAAAGGUUAUUGUCUGAUCCGCAGCUCUUUUACUUUGUGGAUUGAUAUAAGACUACCACUGCUGCCCUUCAAAGGGUCAAUAUUAUGGGAUGUUCGGCUGGCAAGACUUUAUCAACAAGCCCAGAGAUUAGUACCAGUACCCAACAUACAAACAUCCAUGGAAUCAAUGCUAAGAUUGACAACAAGAAUGGAUUAUCAAAUAACGGGUUGGUUGAUGAAAAGAGACCAUCUCAAACACUUAGCAGUUCCAAAUCAAGUGUCAACCCUACAUCCAGGAGGGAUUCAACUGACAGUGGAAACUCCAGUAACUCGCUGGACACACCAGAAAAAUGUCUGGAUGCAUUGCCAGAUAAUAAACAUACCAAGCAAAAACAAACUCAGGAGCAAUCGAAACACAAAGUGGAGAAUGGUGGCCAACCUAGGAAGCCCUUACUCUCUAAAAACAGAGGUGAAAACGAACAGCAACAGGUCCGGAGUAUACCGCUUGGCCAAGUUAAAGUUCAGCUGACACAAUCUCAAGCUGAUUUUUUCACAAUGCUGGACAGGAAGAUAGAAGAGGGAGAGGACUAUAAGUCAGACUGUGAAAGRUGACAAGAAGCCAGCAUAAAAACUUCAUGUGGAUUAAAAAAAAUCAGCUACAACUACUUAUUGACAAAAAUCAAUUUACUGGUUUUAGAAAAAGAAUUUAGCUAACUGGAAUGUGGUUGAACAUUCCUGGGGUACCAGGAAAUAAAGCAGUCCUGGGACCAACAAAAACCAAAGAUUUUGGCAAAUCAUCAAUUAGAAAUAGUCGAUGGAAAUGUGAUUCUUUCUUUGUUUCUUAAGUUCCAUAAACUUUCACAGCAUCAAAGACAUCAAGCUAAAUACACUAUAUUUAGUUGUGCCUUAGCAAACCAUUGCAAUUAUAAAGAUUAGAAAAGAAAAGGUUAAAGCGUGUCCAGUGCACCUCGAAACUGGUUUAACCUGUAUAAUGUCUUAAGGUAGAUUCCUGUGCAGGAACCCUUCAAUUUUGCUUAUUGGGAACCCUUUGGUAUCCUCUUAGACAAAGAAAAAAGUGAGCAGAGAAGACUUGGGUUGCAGYCUUAAAACUAAAUCCUUGAAAAAUGAUUGUAAAGAAUAGAAAAUCAACUUCUUUCUAGAGAAAAACAAAGCAAGGCUUGCUCUCCAGUUUUAUUUUCUCAUACGUUUCUUUAGAAGAAUGAAGAUUUUACAAUAUUGCUGUCGUUCUUGAAGUAUUUAGAGUUGAGACUUUGCCAUUUUACCUAGUAGUAAGUAUAUGUACAUCAUAAGCUGCUCUUUCCAUUUCUAGGUGGGCAUCAUUUUGUGAUAGGCGUUUGAUGUACAGUAUAAGGUACUAAAGGUGGGUCACMUGACCCCUAGCUGYACAGGGCCUAUUAAUACAAAACCACUUUAUCUGCUA